AUGGGUCAAAGCAUCUCCCCUAAAAAGAGAAGUUUUAUGUCUGGCUUUAUACGUGCCAAUAUCCCAUUUGUAAAUCACUGUAACAGACUUGACAGAUUGUUCCUGCUAUUAGACAAUGGUUCAACUCCAUUGAUUCGGAAGUCAGCAGCAGAACAAUUAGGUGAAGUUCAAAAGCUUCAUCCUUAUGAACUUAAUAACUUGUUAUCAAAGAUCCAUGUGUACCUACGGAGUUCCAGUUGGGAAACUAGGAUAGCAGCAGGUCAGGCUGUAGAAGCUAUUGGUAAAAAUGUACCACAGUGGGAGCCAAGAGGAGCUCCAAAGUCAGAGGUGGGCAGUUCUGCUGUCCAAGAUGCUGGAAAAAUACUCUUUUCACAGUUUGACGUUAAUAAAGUUUUGGCAUUUGGUGCAUCAUUACUUGGAUCUGAAGGUGUACAGUAUGAUUCAGUACAGAGUUUUAUAGGUAUAGAUGAUAAAGAACAUCUAGCACAACAAAGACAGUUAUUAAAUAAAAGAUUAGGAUUAGAUAUAGCUGGUAAUCUGGGAUUAGAUUCUAAUAAUUUAUUUAAUGAUGAAGAUUUACAUAUUGAACAUUCUUCUAAUGGUCAGACAUCCGGUCAACCUAUUUAUAAUCAGCCUGUAGCUGAUCUAGUCAAACAACAGUUAAUGGAUGUAACUAGAGGCUUAAGUGCCAGAGAGAAAAAUAAAGCUAAAAGAAAAGCUAAACAUUUGGCUAAACAAAUAUCAAAAGAUGGGAAUAGUGAAUGUGUCAGUCAAGAGUUUGAUCCACCUGCUAAGAAAACCAAACAAGAAGUAUCUGAAGAAAAUGGAAAGAAUAAUGUUGAAACUGAUGAUAAUACUCUUAAUCUAGAUGAGAUGGAAGAAUGGCCGUUUGAAUCAUUCUGUGAAGUGUUAAUGAAUGAUUUAUUUAAUAGUUCCUGGGAAAUCAGACAUGGUGCUGCAACUGGUUUAAGAGAAAUAAUCAAACAACAUGGACGUGGUGCUAGUAAAUCAUGUGAUACACCAGCUGAUCAGAUGGCAGCUGUCAAUCAGAUCUGGUUAUCAGAUUUAGCUUUACGGUUACUAUGUGUUUUAGUACUGGAUAGAUUUGGUGACUUUGUAUCAGAUGAGGUGGUUGCUCCAGUAAGAGAAACAUGUGCUCAAGAUUUAGGUGUAUUAUUAAAGUUUUUAGAUGUUGAAGGUGUUAAUGGUGUCACUAGUGUAUUAUUACAAUUAUUAUCACAACAACAAUGGGAAGUUAGACAUGGUGGUUUAUUAGGUUUAAAAUAUCUUUUAGCUGUAAGAAAGGAUCUGCGAGAUGUUUUAUUACCAACUGUAUUACCAGGAAUAUUCCAAGGUUUACAGGAUUCUGAUGAUGAUGUUCGAGCUGUAGCAGCUGCAGCACUAGUUCCUGUUAGUGAUAAACUAGUUACACUAUUACCUAAUCAGACACCUAUUAUUAUCAAUUGUUUAUGGGAGACAUUAUUAGAUUUAGAUGAUUUAACAGCUAGUACCAAUAGUAUCAUGUCAUUAUUAUCUAAAUUAUUAUCAAAUCCAUCUUCAAUGUCAACAACUAUGUCUCAGUCUUUAACUGAACUUACACCUCGAUUGUGGCCAUUUUUACGUCACAAUAUAACAUCAGUACGUAAAGCAACAUUAGAAACAUUGUAUACUUUACUCAAUAUAUUUGAUCCAGAGACUAAGAAAUGUUUUUGGAUAACCAGUAUAUUACCAGAUACAUUACGCCAUAUUUAUCAACGAAUUUUACUAGAAAAUAAUGGUAUUCUAAUAGAAUUAACAUAUAAAGUCUGGACAUUAUUAUUAGAAAGAUCACCAUUAGAUUAUUUAAUAGCAGCUUCUAUGCCAUGGUUAGGAGUUUGGUUAUGUCUUCUCAUGCAACCAUCUAGAACACCAUUUGAACCUACAUAUCUUAUAGAAGCUAAACAUAAAGUUAGGGACAGUAUAAGUACAACUAAAAGAAGUAAUAUUAUAGAUAGUAGUGUGGAUUGUAAUAAAGAUAAUAGAGAAUAUAUAGGAGGUAUAGAAUCUCUCAAUAAAUCAUUACAAGAUAGAGAUUAUUCUGUUACUAGAGCCCGAAUAUCUGGAGCCAGGUUAUUAGGAAUGUUAUCUGGUUAUAUAACACAAUACGUAUCCAACUACCCACCAGAAGCCGAGAAACCAGUUGAUUCUUUAACUAAACUCUUUACAUUUCAUCUGAAUACUAAAUCAGCUUUACAAAGAUAUGUUAUUGGUCAGGUUCUUUACUUUUGGUCACUGCUUAGUAAGGACUGUCUAUGUAGUAGUGAAGUUAAAAGUAAAUUGUUACAAUGUCUUAAUGAAGCAAUAUAUUUUGAUGAAAUAGCUCUAGCAUUUACUCGUAUGCAAUCUGAUUGUCGUGACUUUAUAGCUUCUAUCAAACAGCAGGGUAUUGAGAUGGAUUCAUUAUUUCCACCUACGUCUAUAUUAAGUUUAGAUCAAGCUAGUCAGCUAACCUCUACAGUAUUUGAUAAUAUUAAAGCUCAACUUAAACCACGUAUGUUACAAACACUAGAUGAUAGAAGACAACAGCUACAGAUCUCUGUUACACAAACAACAAUAGAACAACAAACAUAUACUAUCAGGUUUAACCUGUUUAUGUCUUUCAUUUCACUAGCUCAUAUUCGGCUAAAAGAAAAAAUAAAAGAUCAAAGAAAUAUUUAUCAAGCUGCACAUUAA